ACUGCCAUAAUCAAAGAGAAAAUUAAGUAUUUAAUAGUGUCUUGAAAUUUCAGGAUGCAUUGUAACCUAUCAAUCAAUUAAGGACUAUGAUUUUAUGAUAACUAGGUAGCAUUAUGAGUAAAAGGAAAGACGGUUAGAAAUGAGAUAUGAUCACACAAAGAAAGAAACUAAGGAGAAUGAAUAAAAAUUUUAACGAUAAGAAUAUCACCAGGUUAGCAAACAAGGUAAGAUAUCUUGUUUUUCCUUGGUCGAAUUUGUCAAAAAGAAGGGACAGACCUCAGUAAAUAAUAGAAAUGAUACGUAAUUUAAUCAGCUUCCCCAAAAAAUCUUCAUACUUGGAAGGAAAGGAAAGCCAUAGCAUAUAUGUUAAAGUGCUAACAUAAACUUGAGGAGAUCAGUCAAUUUAGUCAUAAAUAUCGAAGCCCUGCAAUACAAACACAUAGCAGCACAGCUGUCAACCAUAGUCUCGAGUCCAAAUUUUAUUUGUCCGAACGUUAUUUUUGUAUCUUGUAGUCCAAAACCUGCAAGGGAAAUCAAACUUUUUCUUUGUCCUGGGUUUCUAGCCUCUCAAGAAUCAAAAUAGGGUUUCAAGGAUAUGUUUCAAUUUGAAGCAUGAGUGAAUGAAGGAGCGUAAGAAAAUUUUGGGUGAAAUUCUUAAAGUCGAAGAAAGAAGCUAAACUCCAUUUUCUUCCAUCCUUGCUUUUUGUACCUGACCUUCAUUUCUUAGAGAAGUCAAAGGAAUUCUAUCCUCCUAAGCAACCAACAGAAGAAAUCUUCUUUUCGUGGUGUGACCUCUCAAGCACAAUGGUAUAUCCAGUCUGUCCCAUAUUCCAAACAGACUACUAUGUUUUGUUACCUAGAUUAUGCAAUUUAUGUUCUUGAUUUAGAAAUUUUUAACAUUCCAUGUAUGAUUUUGACACAGAUGGCGGAGAAGUUAACGGCGAUAGGAAAAAUUACAAUCCCCAUAUUGAUGACAAGCCUGCUUUUAUUCUCCAAGUCAAUUGUCUCCAUGCUCUUCUUAGGAUAUUUAGGGGACAUUGAAUUAGCAGGGGGUUCGCUUUCGAUUGGCUUUGCAAACAUUACAGGCUAUUCUGUCAUUAAGGGGCUAGCUAUGGCAAUGGAACCUGUAUGUUCCCAAGCAUAUGGCGCAAGAAGGUGGGCAGUUCUUAGCCAAACUUACAAAAGGACUGUAUUCCUUUUACUAAUUGCAGCUAUUCCAAUCUCGCUAUUGUGGUUAUCAAUGGAGGCUAUCCUUCUAUGGCUUGGUCAAGAUCAAAAUAUUACAUCAGUUGCCCAGGUAUAUGUAAUGUACUCAAUUCCUGAAUUGUUAGCCCAAGCUCACCUCCAGCCCUUAAGGAUUUUCUUAAGGACUCAAAGUCUAACUAAACCCUUGACCAUAUCAGCAGUUUGUGCAAUGAUCCUCCAUCCUUUUAUCAAUUACUUUCUUGUGGUACAUUUACGUUUGGGGGUUAAGGGUGUUGCCCUGGCCUCUGCUUGGAACACAUUAAACAUAAACUUUGGUCUAUUUAUAUAUCUCAUCCUCUCAAGCAAAGCACUAAAACCUUGGAAUUCACAGCCAGAGGCCCAAUGCUCUCAAGGUUGGCAGCCAUUGCUGGCCCUCAUGGUUCCAAGUGUUUUCUCAGUUUGUCUAGAAUGGUGGUGGUAUGAGAUAAUGCUACUUUUAUGUGGUCUCCUUAGUAAUCCACAGGCAAGUGUGGCAGCAAUGGGAAUCCUAACUCAAACAACAGGAUUACUCUAUGUGUUUCCUUACUCUUUACGCUUGGGUUUGUCAACACUCGUUGGCCAAGAGUUAGGCGCUGAGCUGCCAGCACAGGCUAAGCAGACAACCAAAACUGGACUACUCAUAGCAAUAGUUUGUGGACUUCUGAAUUUUGGGUUCACACUAGCAGUAAGAGAUGUGUGGGGAAUGCUGUAUACAAGUGAGAAACAAGUACUUGCCUUGACAUCCGUUGCACUACCUAUACUAGGCUUUUGUGAGCGUAAUUGUCCCCAGACAGCUGCAUGUGGAGUACUAUUAGGCUCUGCCCGGCCUAAGGUGGGUGCUUGCAUAAAUUUCAGUUCUUUCUAUCUAAUUGGUUUACCAGUUGCAGCUCUCAUGGCAUUCAAAUUAGAGAAGGAUUUCCUGGGAUUGUGGUUUGGGCUUGCUGCAGCACAAGCUUCAUGUGUGUGCAUGAUGGUCUGUACUCUGGUUUUCACAGACUGGGACUACCAAGCUAAGAGGGCUAAGGAGUUAACUCAGGUCAACGAGGAUAACGAAAACGAUCUAGAAGCUAAUCUUCUUACUUGAUCCUUGAUCUCCAGUAGUCACAACAGUGAACUCCUUCCAUAUGAGACCAAACAGUCUAGACUAGAGCAACAGAAGCUUCUUUUGUAAACUUUGACAUCUGUUUUGGUCUUUGUUUUAAGGGUGUACCGUUCUAUCUGCUUAUCUAGUUAGCAUAAAUCAAUAAACAUUUUGGACUCCCCGUGCAUGAACUUUUUUUAUAAAUUCAUAAUGAUGCAGUUUUAACCUUAACUAGCCUGGAAUCACUAAGAAAGGCAGCACACCAAGCAAAGUUUCACGAAGUUGUUAACAGUUAUUGUUUAGCAUACUGAGAAACACACACACAAAAAGGAAAAAAACAAUAGCAAGAAUAGUUGCUAGUACCUGGAAA